GCAACAGCGCAGAUGUAAAUUUUAAAUGACAAUUAAAUGGCUGGUUAAAUAGAAUUAUGUUCCAAAUAACAAUAUAUUUAUUUAAUAAUUUGAAGUAAACAAUAAAAUUUCAUUAUAGAAUUCUCCAUUUUAUGUGAACAGUUGUUGCACAAUGCAAUAAAACUUAUAAUUUCACCUAUUAGUGGAUUUGAAACACUAUGCAUGAGCAGAAUAUUUCAUUUGCUAGUAUUGAAGAAGAAAAAGAUUAUUACAAGGCAUUAGCUAUUGAAUAUGAAAAAAAAUAUGAAGAAACAAGAUUAGAGCUUGAAGAAUUUCAGGAUAGUAGUCGUGAGCUUGAAGCAGAACUAGAAGCACAGUUGGAACAAACUGAUGCACGAAAUAGGGAGCUAAAAAGUCUUUCUGCUCGUCUUCAGUUGGAAUGUGAUUCCUUAAAAGAUAAGUUACAAAAAACACAACAUGACAGUCAGAGUCAAAUUGCUGACUUAGAAGAUGAAUUAUCUCGUGUGAAAGCCACACGAGAUGAUUUACAGAAAUAUAUUCGAGAACUUGAGCAAUUAAAUGAUGAUUUAGAGAGAGCAAAAAGAGCUGCAGUUUCUUCUUUGGAAGAUUUUGAAUCGAGAUUAAACCAGGCCAUUGAAAGAAAUGCCUUUUUAGAAAGUGAGCUUGAUGAGAAAGAAGCCUUGAAAGUCACAGUUCAAAGACUCAAAGAUGAAUCAAGAGAUUUGAGGCAAGAGAUGGUUGCUCAUCAAAGGCCAGUAUAUGAAAGAACUUUCAGUGAAGAUAAACCGGACCAUGUUAAAGUUGUUGUGGAUUCUAACAAAAUAAAAUCAGAGCUGGAGAAUCUGCCAGAGGUUCCAACAAAACGUCUCAGCCAACUGAGCUCCUCCUCACCACUUACUCCGUCAUCACGAAUAUCAGCUUUAAAUAUAGUAGGAGAUCUACUGAGGAAAGUUGGGGCAUUGGAGUCCAAACUAGCCUCUUGCCGAGCCUAUGUAAAAGAAAACUCUCCAAAAUCGGAAAAAGAAGAAUUUGAAAAGAACUCUUCAGUGCAAUCAAAGCACUUAGUCAACAAAGGAUCAUCUCUUUCCAGUCAAGAUUGCAUCAGCUUGACUGCAUGAGUAAUCUCUGUCCCUUUAGAUUUGAUGUGCAUUUAUUUUAGUUAAAUAACUGAUCCACCCACAAAAGAAAAAUAAUCCUGUCACUUUUUAGUGAAUUAAAAUGUUUUCAUCAAAAGCUUGUGCUAUUUCAGAAUUGAAGAAAUCUUGUAUUCAAUGAAGACAAAAAUUUAGGAAAUUCUGAUAGUUAUUGGCUAAGAAAAGAAUUGUUACAAAUUAUAUAAUAUUAUAAAGUAAAAAUGUCUUAUCCAUUUUAUUUGCUUUUAAAGACAAGAAUAAUGUAUUGCUAUUG